UGUUCUUGUUCUAUUUUGUGCUAUUUUAUUUAAAACAUGGGCAAGUUAAACAUAUUUGUAAUAGUUUUAGCUAAUCCUCAAGCGGUAUAUUUGGCUGGUCAGGUUGUGCAGGGACAUGUCACGGUCGAACUUAAUGAGGAAAUGAAAAUGAGAGGGAUUCGUCUCAAGUUUAAAGGACAUGCUCGUGUUCAUUGGUCGGAAACGCACAGUACAGGGUCUGGAAAGAAUAGACGUACCCACACAAAACAUUACAGUGCAUCUGAGGACUAUUUUGACAGCGAAAUUCUCCUCUUUGGCAGAUGGCCAAAACAAGAGGGUCAAGAUUUUUUGCAUCCUGUUGGACGACACAGUUAUCCAUUUGCUUUCCAGCUGCCACCUAAUCUCCCAUCAUCAUUUGAAGGUGCACAUGGUUUUGUCCGAUACCACUUCGAUGGAGUAAUUGAUAAACCAUGGAAGUUUGACCACAAGACUAAAGCAGCAUUCACAGUAAUAAGUCACCUGGAUUUGAACCAAGAUCCUUCUGCUUUGCAACCAUUGCAAGGACAGAAUUCAAAGACCUUGUGCUGUCUGUGUUGUGCAAGUGGACCAAUCAGUGCUGUUUUUAGACUCGACCGACGAGGCUAUGUUCCAGGGGAAGCAAUCAGUAUCAAUGCUGAGGUGGACAACAAAUCCAACAGACAGAUGGAUUCCUCCUUUGUCAGUCUCAAUCUGGUCACUAUCUUUCAUGCUACUACCAAAUCAAGGACCGUGUCACGACAGGUGGCUAAGAUUAGUCACGGGCUGAUUGAACCGGGGGACACUGAUAUCUGGGUUGCUAAUCGAGACCGCCUCGUCUUACCCCCUCUGCCACCAUCAUACCUUAGGGGAUGCACGAUUAUUGAUAUUCAAUACAUUCUUGAGUUUCACGUUGACCCCUCAGGACCAAGUUUUGACCUUAUUGUUCCACUUGAGGUGCUUGUGGGGACUGUUCCACUUUAUUCCAUUGUGCAACAGAAUCCACCGAUGUUUCCACCGCAACCAAAUCUGCCCUUCUUACCACCACCGAUGCCAGCUGAAGUGCCAGGACCUUCGACUGGAUUUGAAAAGAGCUAUCGCCCUUCAGAAGAGGUUCCCCAGGCUCCAUUCCAUGCUGCUGGGCCUUCAGUGUCAUCAGACAUUCCCAAUAUGCCUCCACCGUCCUAUUCAGAAUGUGUGUUUGGCAAGGUGAACAUCAAAGACGAGGGUGACGAUGAACACACGCGUGGAAACCUUGAUUACGCACCAGUGUACACCUACUACGACUGGGGCCACACACCAUCUGCACCGCCGCCGGAACCUCAACAUCAGUGAGGCGUCACAGUGGAACACACAAAACGAGAAAUUAUCCCAGAACUCUAUUAUUAAUGUAUUAACCUUCUGAACAAAAUUGCAACAGUUACGGUAGUCUUAAUUACAGUGGACUGUCUAAAGUGAAUUCAUGUACAGAGUGCUGGAUUAGACAGACAUCACCCAAGCUAAAGUCACUGAACUUAGAUUCAGUGAUUGUACUGGUUUGGAUAGAGUCCACAGUAAUUAGUUCAAAAAACAACAUAAUAUACCCUUUCAGGGAACAUUUUGCUUUCAAAAUCUAGAUAAAGGAUAUUUUUAGUCGGUUUAUAACUCCAAUUGAAAAUUUAUUAGCAAUUACUGUUUAAUGUUUUAAAAUUGUGUUGCAAUCUCUGUUACUGUAUUUGCGUGCUUAUAUCCAAGAGGUUCAGGCAAUCUCUAAAACUUACGUAGCGAAUCGUGACGCGAACUGAACAAAAAUGUCCCUUCCUUUUAUAUAUUGUACAUAAUGUUAUACUACGUGUUCCAGAAAUGAUUAGAUAUGUGUGGGGUGAGAUGGGAGACAGUUUUGGGUGGUUUUUUAUAAAUUUAUAAAUUAUAUAAAAUUAUAAUCAUAGAGUUAAUUUGUAUAGUUCUAUGUUUUUUUACUUACACUUGGAAAAUAUUGUUAGUGCCUUUGAAGCCAUAUUUAAUCAUCAUUUCUGGAACAGAAUAUAAUAUUUUAUAUACAAACGGCUUUGUAUACUAAAUUUACUGGACAUUAUUGUUAAGUUCAAUAUUGUAUAUACAUGUACAUAAGUAUAUUUUCAUAUGGGUAUGUACCUUGAAAAUUGACCAGGGGUGCACAAAAUAUCUCACUAGUUCGCCAGCCUAAUACCAGUCGAAAUUUACCGGUCCGUGGGACGGGAUUUAGCUCAGUCGGUUAAUUAAGUGCUCGCUUGAGGUGCUUGCGUAGCAGAAUCGAACCAACUCUGUGUAUCCAUUCAACUGAUUGGGUUUUUUUUUUGUUCCAACCAAUGCAACAACUGGUCAAAGGUCAUGGUAUGUGCUUUCCUGUUUGUGUGAAAGUGCGUACAAAAGAUCAGAUGGAAAAUGUAAUAGGUUUCUUCUGAUGACUACUUAUCAGAAUUACCAAAUGUUUAACAUCCAGUAGGCGAUGAUUAAUUAACCAAUGAGCUCUAGUGGUGUCGUUAAACAAAACAAAAUUUAACUUCUACUUGUCUAUGAAACAAGAGCACAGUAUUGUAGGUAGUACUAAACCAAAUAACUUCCGGCUGGGUCAAAGUUAUCCGUUAUCCCAGAAAUGAACAGCUUAACCCCCAAGUUUUUCUGAGGGGUGGUAGUAUUUAUAUCUGUAGCGUUUAUUUUGAUUGAUACGCUACAGGUAGGAGUUUUAGCCACAUAUGUCACUAUUGUCGUCUAUGGGAUUUGAUUUGGUAGUAUACACCCUGUAUACACAAGCUUCACUUCAAAUGAUCGUCAAGUGAAAUCAAACCAUGUUAAGACUUUAUUCCAAAUUGUAAUUUAAAAUGGGGGUGAAACAAGAAGUUUGUUUUGUUUAAUGACACCACUAGACAUAGAACUUAAACGAGGUCAUCAUAUCAGAAACUAAUAAGCUUAAGUUGUAGGAUCAGCUGAAAUAAUGUUUUUGACGAAUCUUGGUGUUAUGUAGCUUACAGACAUCUUUAAUUUAGUAAAACAAAAAUGUCAGUAACAUGCAUGCUAACUAACUAGUGUUGUUGCUAUCCUUUUGGUUUAAUCAUUAAUAUGUAACCAUUGUUGUACCUUCAGUUAAACUCAGACAAAACAAUCGCACAAAAGCUUUUUGGAACAGUCUGUUGUAUGUCUCUUUAAAUUUAAUGUCAUGUAAUAUUAGCAUCUUGUGCGACCUCGCUAAAUUUCCUGACAUUUUAUGCUCACUAACAUUUCCUGAUUUACAGUACCGGUACAUACAGAAGAUAUAUGAUGAUGUACAUAUUUUGUGACUGUUCGUAACAAACAGUUAAAAUUGUAACAUGGAAUGCUUUCCUUUGUUUGUGACUCAAAAAGAAAAAGAGGUUGGACUGUUGGUUACAUCUUUUAAGUCCAUCAAAUAUUUACUUGCAUCUGGCUAGCAAACUAGUACUUUCUGCAUCCCUGAUUGGAAUAUAAACUGUGAAAUUCCAGAGUGGAACACCCAUUUUUGGGUUGUAUUAUUGUAUGGCAUUGUCCGUCCGUCCGUACAUCCGUCUGUUAACUUUUUUUUGUCCUGACUAUAUCUUGCAUACAGGCCCAUCAAAUCUUACAUGUAGGAACAACUUGGGAUGGUGGUG